GGCUUAAAUCCCAUCCCUACACGCCAAUCUCGGAGAACCAUAUCUGACCGUCGCUCCACCCGCCUCCGACUUCUGCGGCAUCUUCUUCCCUCUCUUCUCCGUCUGGCCGCCUUCCAUUUUAUCUUCUUCCCACCUCUUUUUCAUCUCUCUCCACCACCACUCAGCAUUCUUCUCCCCUUUGCUACCGGCAAGCUCACAGAAGUGUUUAAUGAAAUAAGGAAAGCUAAGAGGAGGAUUGACAGAGUAGAGGAGUGAUCUGUUUGUCUUGAUCGGUGGAGAUUCCUUGCCGUCCUCAUCCGGAUCAACGCAGAACUGUCUUCUUCAUUGAUUCUCUGUGCUCUUUGAACCUGCUGGUUCGACAGUAAGUAUCCAAGUUAAGUGAGGAGGAAUGGUUGGGGGGAGCAUCGGGACAGGGAUGGAAACGUCCUUGAGGUACAGUGGUCAGUCUAAAACACUAAGAAUCCAUGCAAAGGAGAAGCUUCCUCUGGACUCCAAAACCGUUAUCCAGGCACACGGAGAAAUAGAAACUGGUGUUGGGCACCCAAGUUUUCUUGCUUUGUCCAUCCGACGCUUCUAUCCUGAGCUCUUAGCAAGCAUUCGUGUAGGCUUUGAGUUCAACAACAAAGAUAAGUUUGGCUAUAAUAUUCGAGGAAAGAAGGCUCUAGCACUAACAUCUAAUGGUAUGCUAGGCAUCAAUGUGAAGGGCAGGUGUGACACUGACAAAGAUUUUAAGCAGAGGAACGUUAAAGGUGCUGUUGAGUUGGUAUGGAGUAUACUUGAUUUCCAGAAGGACCAAGAUGUGAGGGUCAAAGUAGGCUAUGACUUACUUGAAAAGGUGCCGUACUUCCAAAUCAGAGAGAAUAAUUGGACCCUAAAUGCUGAUAUUAAUUGUAAAUGGAACGUAAGAUUUGAUCUGUGAUUUUGAAGAAAAAGGAACCUCUCUCUUUCAUUGCUUCUUAGAAAAGGUACAAUUUAUUUGAAUCUGUCAGUUUUCUUUCUUGUAAUCUAUAUUCAUUCAUCGAACCUGCAAUGUCUCUUUAAUUUGAAGCACAAACCAUCUAAUUAUCUUUUCAUCUA